AUGGGAAACGAAGGCGCUCAUUCCCAAACACAGGGAACCCUCAAUCUCAUUCAUCAACCCGUUCUCUUUUUCCUUCUAAGCCUCUCAGUGCUUGUCAGCACCCUGGAUGAAGCACAUGCCAAGAUCCUCACCAUGAUUCCGUCCCUCGCUAAUUAUCCUCCCCGGCUACCUUUUCAUGGGUUCUUGAGCAUCAAUGCUAUUCUUGGACCUGUAAAGUCGAUCACCGCGAUAACCAGUUCUCGACUACAGUCUUACAGAUCCAGACUAUAUAGACAUCAUGCCAUCUUGACGCAAACGUAA